UUAUGAAUCCAGCACGGCGGGAUUUGUUAACUGGCCGAUCUGUUUGAAGCUGCUGUAAACCUAGCUACAUUUUACAGGAAAAUAAAGGAGUAAUGUGGUUAUGAUGUGUUCCUUGGCUCUGUUCCCCCGUCCGCUGCCCGGCUAUGGAGAGACUUCUCAAUACGACGAGUCCAACACAGAUCCAGCAGUCUGGUUUGGGGAUUCACAUGCUCUGAAUCUGUACUUCCCGGGGGAGUCACUGAAGCCUCACAGCCGCCAAGAGAGCAGCAGCAAGGCAGCCUUUCGGGACCACUGUGAGACACUGUACACAAGGAGUGCAGGGGCUUGGUGUGAUGCAGGCCUCUCUGGACUCCUAAAUGAAAUAGCCAACUCCAGUGCAGAGGUGCCCAAGUGGCUAGAGGUUAGCUCUAGCUGUGUCCUGGCUUUGCUACGGUGGGUCUCCUCCUUCCACGGCUCUCUGUUUCCUCAUCUCACAUUAAGCAGCGAGGACAUGACCGCUGAGUUUUCCCAGGUGCUCGACUGGUCGGACUGUGCAGUGCGGAGCUUCGCCUGGCACCCACACACCCAGAAGUGUGCUGUUUCCCUUUUAGACGACUCCAUUAAGAUCUACAACCCCAAGAGUGCUACUACUCCCACCCUAAAGCACCGUCUGCAGCACAGUGUGGCAGCCCUGCAGUGGAAGCCUCUGUGUGCGUCUACCCUGGCCGUGGCCUGUCACAACUGCCUGCUGGUCUGGCACGUGGACCCCACCUCGUUCUCUACCAGACCCUCUUCUGGCUGUGCCCAGGUCUUGUCCCACCCAGGCCACUCCCCUGUCACUUCCAUGGCAUGGUCACCUAACGGAUCUCUCCUGGUGUCGGCCUCUCCCAGGGACACUGCCAUGCUGGUGUGGGAUGUAGCUGUUGAGAGCUGUGUGCCUCUCUACCGUGUGGGAGGGGGAGGAGUCACGUACCUAUCCUGGUCCCCUGAUGGCAGUCGCGUGCUGGCAGCUACACCCUCCUCCCUCUUCAGGGUUUGGGAAACUAGGAUGUGGACUUGCGAGCGGUGGCCUUGUCUGAAGGGACGCUGUCAGUCUGGCAGUUGGAGUCCUGAUGGGAGUCGGCUGCUCUUCAGUGUGCAAGGAGAGACUGUCAUCUAUGCCCUAACUUUCACUGACACCCCAGGGAUGACCUUAGGGAUGUCAGGGGGGCCGAAGGCAGCAACAGUCGUGACCGACCUGUCUGAGACAACCUUAAAUACACCAGAUGGAGAUAUGGCGAUCGGAGGAGAGAUCCAGUCGCUAGCGUGGGACCCGACAGGAGAGAGACUAGCCGUGCUUCUCAAAGGAGAUGCUGAAGCAGGCUGCCCUGCCAUGAUCGCAGUGUUCAAGACUCAAAUCAACCCCGCUUUUAAGCUUCUGCCAUGUGGUUUUGUUCAGGGGGAGGCCGGGACAGAGCCCAGACUGAUGCAAUUCAACCCCAACUACCAGCAUGGAGCCCAGCUCACUGUGUGUUGGUCUAAUGGAAAGAUUACCCAUGUGCCUUUUUGCUUUCUGAGUGCUGGGAAUCCCCAGCCCGGCCUGGGAGGCAGCCCCUCUCUCCCCCUGUCCCAGGGCAGGCCAGCAGACUACGCCAACCAGACACUCUACACAGAACUCAUCUCCUAACCACACACACGCAAACUAACACAGAAACCAUAUUUCAAGUCAUGUUUGUAAGUACAAUUUAUAAUUUUUGGAACACUUGUUAAAUAAACGUGUACAAAGU